AAUAUCACAGGAGAAGAAAACCCUAAUAAUAUCGGAAAUUUGAGUCAAAAAGAAAAAUCUCCCUCCAUAGUCUCAGGGAAAACGUUUUCUCCAUUUUCCAUGUUUUCUCUUGUCUCGCCGGCGUUAGUCUUUAGGAUUUUUGAAGUAUUAUUGUAAAUGCGGCACACCUCAACUACUAAUCUGUUCAUUGUCUCUAUGGCUGCGGAAUCCCAAUCGCAGAAGAAGACUUACUGUGUCGUCGGAGAUAUCAUGAUUAUACCCAAGGACUUCGACCUCUCUCCUACCAAGGACCGUCAAAUUAACCUUCAACUCAACUUCCCUGACGUCGGACGAGUCUUUAAUGAUUUUAUCAGGACUCAAGAAGUUGGUGAAUUUUUCAGCGGGGCUUUGGCUGGGGCGAUGACCAAGGCCAUUCUAGCUCCUCUUGAAACCAUCAGGACAAGAAUGGUAGUUGGUGUUGGGUCCAGAAACAUUGGUACAAGUUUUAUUCAGGUUAUUGAACAGCAGGGUUGGCAAGGGCUGUGGGCAGGUAAUACAAUUAACAUGCUACGGAUAAUUCCCACACAAGCAAUUGAACUUGGGACAUUUGAGUGUGUCAAGCGAGCAAUGACUUCAGCACAAGAGAAAUGGACGGAUACUGGUAGCCCCAAGCUGCAGAUUGGUAAUGCUAGCCUAAGCUUUUCUCUCUCAUGGCUAUCGCCAGUUGCUGUUGCUGGUGCUGCUGCUGGAGUUGUAAGCACACUUGCAUGUCAUCCGCUGGAAGUGCUGAAGGAUCGGUUGACGGUGAGUCCUGAGGUCUACCCCAGCAUACGCAUUGCAGUUCACAAGAUUUACAAGGACGGUGGAAUUGCAGGCCUGUAUGCUGGACUUGGGCCAACAUUGAUUGGCAUGCUCCCAUAUAGCACUUGUUAUUAUUUCAUGUAUGAGACAAUUAAGAAAUCGUAUUGCCGUGCACAAAAGAAAGAAUCUCUAAGCCGUGCAGAGAUGCUCCUAGUUGGAGCUUUCUCAGGUUUCUUUAAAUCACAAAGGGAGUUUCAGACAAGGAGAUCCUUUGUCUCAUUUCUUAUUCUUAUUAGCUAUGGAAAAGAUGAGCAGAGGCCCCUGCCUCUCCCACAUACAAGUACACAGCACUCGGCUACCUACUACCUUUCUAUGUUGAUCUUCGACCUUCAUACCUUCCUAUUUGGGGUCUAUGUUUUCAGUAAGCUGAAAGUGUGCCAUGUCCGGUCUAAUCCUCUCCCCCCAAUUCCUCUUCAGCCUACGUCUACCUAUCCUAGGACCUGCUAUAGCCACCCCUCUCACACCUCCUUAUUGGUGCAUCUGUGCACCGUCUGUUUACAUGCCCCAAAUCAUCUAAGCGUCACUUUCCUCAUCUUGUCUGCCACAGAGGCCACUCCCACCCUGUCCUGUGUAACUUCGUUCCUAAUCUACUAGAAGGCCCAUACAUCCAUCUGAGCAUCCUCAUUUGUGGCACUUCAUCUUUUUUAGGUGUGCAUUCUUGACUGGCAAGUCCUUACUUCCGGGAAGAUUUGUGUAUCACGAUCAACACAAAAUCUGGAAGUGCUGACUUGGAAAUUAGCAUUACAGUUGUGUGUUGAACUCCUCCAGUGGCAGUUCAAGGUUAUACUUGAGUUAGUCCACUGGACUUCGUUUGCACAGAUUACAGCACCGUUAUGCUUUGAGUUGAUAAUUCCUUAUCUCAAUUACUGGAUUUAACCUUUUAAGGCCCUUCCUACGUAUGCAACUGGUUGGGCAGGUCAAAAGAACAGCACGUGAACAAAGAUGAAAGGUUGAUGUAGAAUACUGGAAGAAAAAAACAAGCCUGUGAUGCUUUUCUCCUCCGAUGCACGAGGUCAAAAGAAAAAUACCAGGACUAGAUUUAAUAUCGCUGCAGAGAGGAGAAAGGACAUCCAUUGUACAGACUCUGGAAAAAGGAGCAUCGUACAUUUAAGUAUAUUUUUGACCAAUCAUUAUGGUGUGUAGUAUCUAUAAGAUUGUAAUUUGUAACGGAGGUGCUUGCAAGGUGACUAAGAAGGGAUAUGGUUGAAUUUACAUGCAGAAUUCUUUUGUUGGGGGGAGACAAAUACUAGAGCAAUUAGUUCUAAUGUGCUGAACAAUUGAUUUUAAGUCUAAUUGCAAUAAUGUCACUGAAUCAUGUA